AUGGCUCACAACGGGAUCAACGGAGAGGCGCAGAACCAGACCGCCGCUUUACCCAAACCUCACAAAGUGACAGAGAUUCAGCACACGCAGAUCUUUAUCAACAAUGAGUGGCUCUGCUCUCAAUCAGGAAAAACCUUCCCGACCUUCAAUCCAGCAACAGGCCUCAAAAUCUGCGACGUGCAGGAAGCUGAUCAAGCUGACGUGGACCGGGCGGUGGAGGCGGCGAGGGCGGCCCUGCAGAGGAACUCACCCUGGAGGAGGAUGGACUCGUCCGGGCGUGGCCGUUUACUGAACGCGCUGGCUGACCUGCUGGAGAGGGAGCGUGGCCUGCUCGCGACGUUGGAGACCCUGGACACGGGGAAACCGUUCCUCCAGUCCUUCUUCAUCGACCUGGACGGCAGCAUCAAGACUCUGAGAUACUAUGCGGGCUGGGCUGAUAAGAUCCAUGGCAAGACCAUGCCAGUAGACGAUCACUUCAUGUGCUUCACCAAACACGAGCCGGUCGGCGUCUGUGGAGCCAUCAUUCCUUGGAACUUCCCUCUGCUGAUGUUCGUGUGGAAGAUCGCCCCGGCUCUGUGCUGCGGGAACACGGUGGUCAUCAAACCGGCAGAGCAGACGCCGCUGACAGCCCUCCACGUGGGGGCGCUCAUCAAAGAGGCCGGGUUUCCUCCAGGUGUGGUGAACAUCGUACCCGGUUUCGGACCAACAGCCGGAGCCGCCAUCGCCAGUCACAUGGGCAUCAACAAGGUGGCGUUUACCGGCUCCACAGAGGUGGGUCAGCUGAUCAAAGAGGCGGCGGCGAGGAGUAACCUGAAAAGAGUCACGCUGGAGCUGGGAGGGAAGAACCCCUGCAUUGUGUUCUCUGACUCAGACCUACACUUAGCGGUGCAGGAGGCUCAGAAGGGGGCGUUCUAUAAUCAGGGUCAGUGCUGCACGGCGGCCUCGCGGGUCUUCGUGGAGGAUCAGGUGUACGACGAGUUUGUGAGACUUAGCGUUGAAAGCGUCAAGAGAAUCGUGGCUGGAGACCCCAUGGACCCUCGAACUACACACGGCCCUCAGAUCAACCAGGAGCAGCUGGAGAAGAUCCUGGACCUGGUGGAGAGCGGGAAGACAGAAGGAGCGAAGCUGGAAUGUGGAGGAUCCAGGUUAAAGGACGAGUCUCUGUUCAUCCAGCCCACCAUCUUCUCUGACGUCAAGGAUCACAUGCGCCUCGCUAAAGAGGAGAUCUUUGGGCCGGUUCAGUGUAUUCAGAAGUUUAAGACUCAGGAGGAGGUGAUCGAGCGGGCGAACAGUACCCAGUACGGCCUGGCAGCGGCUGUGUUCACCCGGAGCGUGGAGCGGGCGCUGAGUGUCUCUGCAGCGCUGGAGGCUGGAACAGUGUGGGUGAACUGUUAUAACGCCCUCCACGCCCAGACUCCGUUCGGUGGUUAUAAGAUGUCGGGGAACGGACGAGAACUGGGCGAGUACGCGCUGGCGGAAUACUGCGAGGUCAAAGCCGUCACCAUCAAACUAAACGAGCAGCUGAAUAUCUGAGAGACGCCGCCCACCCGGGCUCAAACCCUCCCCUCGUCCAAUCAGAAAGCGCUUCGGAUCUGAGCUACCGCCGGUCUAAAGCACGUCACUCACGGACCCCGGAGCUCUCUCACGUCUCUUCAUUUCUCCUCGUCUUCCUCUUUUAUAAUGAGAUUAGAUUUUCUGUACAGAGAGAAAAUGUUUGAUUUUUGAUCUGGAUGUCAUGUGAUCUGUUCUGCUGUCUCCAAUCACCACCGGGUUCCAAACUCACCAGAA